GUGUCCCGAAAUGCUUUGGGCGCAUCGUUCGUUGCGACAAGGAACCUCCAUGCCUCCAAAGCGGGCCUGCAGAAAACUGGCACUGCUGAAGUAUCAUCUAUCCUUGAGGAACGCAUUCUUGGUGCUGAUACCUCUGCCGAGCUGGAAGAAACGGGGCGCGUUCUCUCCAUUGGUGACGGUAUCGCCCGCGUGUACGGCCUGCGGAAUGUUCAGGCGGAAGAAAUGGUUGAGUUUUCUUCUGGGCUGAAGGGUAUGUCCCUGAACUUGGAACCUGACAACGUUGGUGUUGUCGUGUUUGGUAACGACAGACUGAUUAAGGAAGGGGACAUUGUGAAGAGGACGGGAGCCAUUGUGGAUGUCCCAGUGGGUGAAGAGCUCUUGGGUCGUGUCGUAGACGCCCUGGGUAACGCCAUUGAUGGAAAGGGUCCCAUCGCUUCCAAGAUACGGAGGAGGGUUGGCCUGAAGGCCCCUGGGAUCAUUCCACGGAUCUCUGUGCGUGAGCCCAUGCAGACCGGCAUCAAGGCCGUUGACAGUUUGGUACCCAUUGGCCGUGGCCAGCGUGAGUUGAUCAUUGGAGACAGGCAGACCGGGUAAGAAACGUCCGCCGUGGCCUACCGCCAGAUGUCCUUGCUGCUGCGUCGACCCCCCGGCCGAGAGGCCUACCCCGGUGAUGUGUUCUAUCUCCACUCCCGUCUCCUGGAGCGCGCGGCCAAAAUGAACGACUCCUUCGGUGGCGGUUCUCUGACUGCCCUCCCCGUCAUCGAGACUCAAGCCGGCGACGUGUCGGCCUACAUUCCGACGAACGUCAUUUCGAUCACUGAUGGGCAGAUCUUCUUGGAAACUGAACUGUUCUACAAAGGUAUCCGCCCAGCCAUCAACGUCGGCCUGUCCGUAUCGCGUGUCGGUUCUGCUGCCCAGACGAGGGCCAUGAAGCAGGUGGCUGGAACCAUGAAGCUGGAACUGGCUCAGUACCGCGAAGUGGCCGCUUUCGCGCAGUUCGGCUCCGACCUGGACGCGGCCACUCAGCAGCUGCUCAACCGCGGUGUGCGUCUGACUGAGCUCCUCAAGCAAGGGCAGUACGUUCCCAUGGCCAUCGAAGAACAGGUCGCCGUCAUCUAUGCCGGAGUGCGGGGUUACCUGGACAAGCUGGAGCCCAGCAAGAUCACCAAGUUCGAGAAGGCUUUCCUCGCCCACGUUCUGAGCCAGCAUCAGGCCCUCCUCUCCACGAUCAGGACUGACGGGAAGAUCUCUGAACAAACAGAUGCCAAGCUGAAGGAGAUAGUGACAAGCUUCCUGUCUACCUUCGAAGGAUAAAACUGUUCGCCCGGCUGUUUUUGUCCGUGACUGCUGAUAGCACUCUGGUUCCAAUUGUCCCCCCAGAGACUUUAAAAAGAUGUGUGAGUUGUCUGUACAGAUCUUGAGAAUUAAAAGUUCUACAUACAGAAA